UGCCCUGUAGGCAGGGCUGCCUGGCAGGCGUCGCGGGUCUCCCCUUCCCCUGGAUGUGGUCCGGAGUGAUGACGUUGCGAAGUUAGGCCCUGGGCGGAGCCGGCUUUUCUCCAGUCGUUCUCCCCUCCCCGGCUCUCAUUCUCGGCUGCUGACACUCGCAGGAGUUCCCGGGGCCGGGCAGGAAGGAAGGCUGCUCAUUAUCCCCUCACCAUGGUGUCCGGCUGGCAGGAGGCGGCGGCCCAGCAUGCCGAGGAGGUGUCGGCCCGUCUGAGGCAACUGCUGACCUCGGGCCUGGGCCUCCUCCGCACCGAGCUGGGAGUGGAGCUCGGCCUGCAGCCCCAACUCUACCCGUCCUGGGUGUUCCUGGCCGUGCCGGCCUUCCUGGCUCUGCUUCUCCUCCUCCUACUGCUACACUGCGCCUCCUCAUCCCGGGGCUCCCCCACCAGGAGAGCGGCAACAGCGGAGGACACCGAGCCGGCCCUCCACAUCACCAAGGCCGCCCCUCUCACCACCAAGCCCGGACGGCUGGAGGAGGCCAAGAAGAAGAGCAAGAAGAAGGCGGCCGACAAGGCCAAGCCUAACGGUCGCCCAGUAGAGCUUGCUGAGGAAGAGGUGAUUGUUCCAGUCAAAAAAGAAAGUCCAAAGCAGCCACUUGACGCUGACAAGAAGAAUGAAAAGGUGAAGAAGAAUAAAAAGAAACCAAAGGCUGAUCUAAAACAAACUCAGCAGUCGCCCAACCAGGAUAAAAAGGAAGCAGAGGAAGGAAACUGGGAAACUAAGAUCAGCAACAAAGAAAAGAGACAGCAGCGCAAACGUGACAAAGGACCCGACGAAAUAUCUGAGAACACUACAGUCACUGAGUCCUUCACAAUGGUGUCAUCUCAAUCAACAAACCUCAGAAAAUCUAAGGGCCCAAGUGAGGUGUCUGCAGUAAAUGGAGGUGGCUGGAAUGAAAAGCCUACAAAAAUUAUUCCCUCCCAUGUCAUAGAGGAAAAGUGGGUUCCCCCAGCCACUACAGCUAGCAAGAAGAAAGCAGAGCCUUGUACAUGGAACCAGGAUGCAGUGGAUUCUAAUGGAAAGGACUGGAGUGCCCCAUGGAGUGAGCGUUCGAUCUUCCCUGGCAUAGCUCCCUGGACAACUGUGGAAGCGAGGAUCGCUUCAUCAGAACAGAGGCCACCCCCUUUCUCUACCAUUGGAUUAAACAAUUCUGUGUCUGCUUCUGUUGGUGAUCCAGUUGCUCAGCCCAGUGCAUCUGACAGUCAGUGGGAGGCCACACCAACUGAGCCCAACAUCGAUGAUGAGUGGUCUGGUCUAAAUGGUCCAAGUUCAGGUGACCCUAGUUCUGACUGGAAUGCACCGGCAGAGGAAUGGGGGAAUUACGGAGAAGAGGAACCAGUGACCCCACCGCAAAUCGAAGAAACUGAGCAAGAAGUUCCAAAGGUUUCUGAUGAUGAAAAAGAGAAAGAUGAAAAUACUGGCCAAACAUCUGCCAGCAGCAAAACUAAGAAGAAGAAGAAAAAGAAGAAGAAGCAGGGAGACGAGUCUGGCUCUCCUACCCAGGAAACAGAAGGCACAAGGGAAGCCUUGGAUGAUUAUAAAGAGGAUUCUACCCCUUCUCCACCUUCUUUAAUUAUCCCAUCAAUCAUUGGAAAAAGUAAUGAACUGAAAGAGGUUAUCAAGUCUGCAGCUAUACCGAACACACCGCAAAAGUGUGAACCCAGCGUUAAGACUUUGAAGGAGAAGCAUGUGAAUACAGUGUUAACUGAGUCUUCAAUAUCUACUGCACAUAACAUUUCUGAGAAGAGCCCACCUGUAGUGCAGCAGCCGCAAGAGGCCAGCACAGUCGCUACCAAGCAGAACAUUGUUCCCCCACCAUUGCAAGCAAAGUCUGACGAGAGCUGGGAAUCCCCUAAGCAAGUGAAAAAGAAGAAAAAGGCCAGAAGAGAAACGUGAUGCUCUUUCAUUACUGGAGAACACCUGUUCAGACGCUCUUGAAGGUGAUGCUGUUUAUGCAAUAAUUUGUGAACUUGUACAGAAUUUUAUAAAUUGAAUUCUGCAUUUUUAAAGCAACUACUGUCAACGUGACCUCCCUAAAGACAGGUGAAAGAACACAAGGAAAUCUAGGUUCACACACACAAGAUCAAGAACGUGGAGCAGCAAAAAAAGAAAAAAACACUGAAUAUCCCGCAUUUGCCAACUGAGAACGUUCAUUUGAUAUACUGAAACACAAGACUUUAAUUCCUGAUUUUACAAAACAGUGAUCUGUUUACAUUCAUUUUGUGCCCCACCUGGCCUCUGAGAUGAACAAGCUGGGUGAUUUUUUUUGUGACGUAACAUUUCUGCUAUCUCAUCGUGGAAACAUCUUUUUAUCUUCUUGUGUCAUUUUAAUAUCACAGGCUAUUGUUAUACAGUAGCACAGCGCAUUACCCCAUCAUGUGCAGUGCGAGAGAGUCAUGUAAUGUUUGUGUGAACCUUCAAGCACUGAUCAGAAGAAUGGAUUGUGAACUGGUGAAUGUACGAAUCAUUGUCAUUUACAUCAGGAUGACUGCUCCACUAGCAUUGUCCUCCAUUUUUGUAUUUAGGAUGUAUUUUUUUAAAGAAAAGAAUCCUUGUCGCCUUUGCAGGGGGCAGCUGUUUUGUGGAUGGAUGUAGUAAUCGGGGGGGAUCAUAGCCUAUAGACAAGGUAGAUGACCGAUUUGAUUGGCUGACUUGGUGCAACACACAUAUGGCUGUUUCUGACCUGUGUGCGACAGGUACUCUUUAAGGCGUGGCAUUAUGUGAUUUGUUUGUCACUUCUUAUACUGUGUUAUGUUCCUAAUGAAUUUUUAAUACUUGCACUCUAGCCGUAGUGUGGCUAAACCAGUUGUGUUUCAUGUGAGGGCCAUCGGUCACAAAUCCUCCUGGACUUGGCCCUAAAAAGUUGAUUAUGCAGCCAUUUUUAAUUGUUAACGUGAAUUAUACUGUUUUUUUUUUUUUUUUUUUUUGGAUGGUCAUGGUGGCUUCAGACAGCUUUAAUUGAUGUUGAGACCUUCAAUAAUCAGGAAUCCUUUUUUUUCCCUGCCUUAAACUCUAGUAUUUAGACUUUGUGACCGAAGUUAGUGUUUUUAUAAUAAAAAAUACAUCUGUAGUUGUAAGAAGUAUUGCCAGCUUCAGACUAUGUUGAUUUAAAAAAAAAAAAUAGCGUGUGGUUUUAUUACCAUUUGCAGGCAAUGUUAUUUCAUUUUAUUAAACUUAGUUAACUUUGUAUCUAUUCCUUCUUCUGCAUGGUAAGUCAGACUUUGUAAAUAGCCUUACCAAAUGUUCUUUGAAAAAUCUGCAUCAAUCUAGGAAAAGGUGUGGACAAAAAAAAGCCAUGUGAUAUUGUUUGUCUCUUUACUGUACCUGAUGAUAGGAUAUAACAUGCUCUGUAACAGGUAUAACCAGUGGUACUGAUCAGCGGCCUAAAACUAGUCCCUUUUUUUUUUUUUCAAAAUCGAACCUUCCUCUUUUUAAGGUCCGUCAAUAUUUUUUUGGUGAUAUUCUGGACCUAAAAAAUGUACCCAUUAAAAUAUUGAGUGGGGAUGGGUAAAAUAAGCCCUUUUUAAAGUGACCCUGUCACCACUGGCAACAAUAAAAUCAUGGCUGCCCUGUAAAGGAAGGUCAAUAUUUCCAAGCAAGGUUUAUAUUCCCCCCCCCCCCCCCCCCCUUUUUUUUAUUUCCUCUUAAGCCAUCAUGUAACCCUCCACAGUGCCUCUAUUAGAGGGUGAAGACAAGUGAACCAGCAAUGCAGUCUGGGCGUGCCUCUGGCCUGUCUUGCUGCCCUUCAUCUCUGUAGUCCUAUCAAGUCAGAGCCUCACCAAUGAAAGUGUCUACGUUGCCCAGGCAGCGAUGUGACUACCUGUAAAGACCCUGCCCACUCUGCAGUAAAGAUGAAAAAUAGUAUUUGGGGCUCCUAGUGUUUUUUUUUUUUUUUUUUUUUUUUUUUAACUGUGCCUGGGACCUGAGAAGUGUCCGAUAGCAGCAGCGCCCAGAGCUCAUCAAGAGUACAAAUUUAAUGCACUACAAGCUGGAAUGAGUAUAAUCCAACUUUUUACAUGGUUGGCUGCAUUUAACUUUAGGUGGCAACAAGAUCGCUUUAACGUUGAGCCUUCGCCAAAGAACAAUGUGAGCUGCCAUUUUCUAGGACGAACCCAACAAUCACAAGGUGGAGACUGACUAUUAACUGGAGUUAAAGAUCAUGGUAAUAAAAAAAAAAAUUGCUUUUAAUUUCUAACUUGCACUAGAAAUAAAAGGCAUCUGGUUAUUAUGAGGAAGCAACUCCAGUGUUUAUUGCCCCUGAGUAUUAAUCAGUACUGUUUACAGAUCUACCAGAGGCUUGAUGGGUUUAAUGUGAGUUUAUACCUAUCGAAUGCCAGUGUUCGUUGUUUGCCGGGUACAAGUCCGCUGUAUUUUUUUGGGGGGUGGUGGGGGAGAUUUCCUGAUUUAAAUACUAAUUUUUACACAGAUGUAUUAAAACAAAAAAUAGAGAUUUUCAAGAACAUGACAAGUACGUUUUUACAUGUUCAGAAUUAUUUUUUUUUUGUUUAAUUCAGUGAUAUUUCUAAGUUGAUUUUGUUUAAAUAAAUCUUGCAAAUUAA